GGUGUGUGUGAGUGUGUGUAUGUGUGUGGCUUUCGGCGGCCGUGUCCCCUGUGAUCCCGGGAGGGCGCUUUAGAGAGCGGGGAGGGGCCGCUGCCGCCGAAAGUUGCCGCGGCGACUUGAGCUUCCCCUUCUCUUCUUCCGCUGUGAUUUCUUCUUUUUAUUUUCCCGGCUCCCCUCCCUGAGUCGCCCGGCCCUUGAGACGGUGGCAGCGGAUGAAGGAGCCGGCGGGAGGCCGCCCGGAGCCCCUGCUUCGCCGCCGCUUCCUCCGCCAAGGCAAGAUGGGAGCGAAAUGAGCCCCGAGCCGCCGCCGCCGUCUCUUCCUCCUCCUCCUCCAACCCCGGGCGGCCGGGAAGCGGAGGUGGUGGCCUUGACAGUGGCGGCGGCGGCGGCGGCGGUGGAGAGCGAAGCAGUGGCAUCCGGAGCGAGCGGCGGUAGAAAGUGCGGCAGCCGAAUCAUGCUGCAAGGUAUUGGCCGACCAAGUGUGUACCAUGCUGUUAUUGUGAUCUUCCUUGAAUUUUUUGCUUGGGGACUCCUCACAACACCCAUGCUCACAGUCUUACAUAAAACAUUUCCUCAGCAUACAUUUCUAAUGAAUGGCCUCAUUCAAGGUGUUAAGGGUUUUUUAUCCUUCAUGAGUGCUCCACUGAUAGGUGCUUUGUCUGAUGUCUGGGGAAGAAAAUAUUUCCUCCUUAUUACAGUUUUCUUCACUUGUGUCCCUAUUCCAUUAAUGAAAAUAAGUCCAUGGUGGUAUUUUGCAAUGAUUUCUGUAUCUGGGAUUUUUGCUGUUACAUUCUCUGUCAUAUUUGCGUAUGUAGCUGAUAUAACUCAAGAACAUGAGAGAAGCACUGCUUACGGACUGGUAUCUGCUACGUUUGCAGCAAGUUUAGUAACUAGUCCUGCUAUUGGAGCACAUCUGUCUAAUUUGUACGGUGAUAACAUGGUAGUGUUAGUUGCUACAGUGGUGGCUGUUGUAGAUAUCUGUUUCAUACUACUAGUUGUACCAGAAUCUCUACCUGAAAAAAUGAGACCACCUUCAUGGGGAGCUCUUAUAUCAUGGGAACAAGCAGAUCCCUUUGCGUCUUUGAGAAAAGUUGGAAAAGAUUCUACAAUCUUGUUGACCUGCAUCACUGUUUUUCUUUCUUACCUCCCUGAAGCUGGCCAAUAUUCUAGUUUUUUCCUUUAUUUGAGACAAGUGAUAAAAUUUGAGUAUGCAAGCAUUGCAACAUUCAUAGCUGUGAUUGGCAUUCUUUCUAUAGUUGCUCAGACUGUUUUUCUCAGCAUCCUAAUGAAGACUAUAGGGAACAAAACCAUUGGCCUUGGUUUUCAGAUGUUCCAGCUGGCCUGGUAUGGUUUUGGCUCUCAGCCUUGGAUGAUAUGGGCAGCUGGAGCUGUUGCAAGUAUGUCAAGUAUCACAUUCCCAAUCAGUGCUCUUGUGUCACGAAACGCAGAUUCAGAUCAACAAGGUGUCGUCCAAGGGAUAAUAACUGGAAUCAGAGGUCUGUGCAAUGGACUUGGCCCUGCUCUCUAUGGCUUCAUAUUCUUUCUCUUCCAUGUGGAACUUAAUGAUUUGGCACCAGUUCAGGAUAAGGCUGCUAAGCAGGAUCCAAGUGAUGAGAGUUCAGUCAUACCUGGCCCUCCUUUCCUUUUUGGAGCAUGUGCAGUCCUCUUAGCCUUUCUGGUUGCCUUAUUUAUCCCCGAGCACAGUAAAGCCGCCAAUACCAGAAAGCACAGCAACAGCAUCAACAGUAUCCAGAGCAACAGUCCAGAUCGGGACAGUGAUGAGGAUAUUGAGCCUCUGCUUCAAGAUAGCAGCGUAUGAAAGGAGUUUUCUUCUAAGAUAAACAGAGACAGCCCUUGGGCAGACAUAAUCCAUGCACUGAGCUCUGAAUCCAGAGCAGUUCUCUUUUGGAGUGAACUUUUGAUCUGUCAAAAGCUUUGCACAUUUCACUCACCUAAGAUAUCAUGUGUAAGUGGCCAUUGGUAUUCAAUUAAGGCUGAUUGCAACCACUUAACUGUGGAUUUUCUGUAGAACAGUCCAAAGCAAGUUUUUCUUUUUGUAUCCAUGCAAUUAUUGUUGAACCCAACACUGAACUGAGAAUGUGGAAUUGCAGUAUCUUGGGAAAAAUGAUCUUCAGAUGUAGUUAAAUACUUGAGUACCCAAAUUCACUGUGAGUAAACCAUAACCCUGCUAGCCUCCCCCCCCCUUUCCCCCCAAUGUCUUCAUUGCUUCUCUACUCUUGUAGCUCGUGGGGAUUUGGAAAGAAUACUUCAUUUCAAUAAACAUUAUUGACAAAGAUUUCUAUCACAAUCCCACUCCAUCAAUAUAGUCUUAUACUCUCUCUUAACAUGCUGCCUGAUUGAUUGAAUAUUGCCGAACUAUUUAAAAGUGUGCAGGGAAUGUCAAUUGAAAGAUAAACUAUUGGUGCAUUUUCAACCCUUGUUUUUAAAAUCUCUAACUGAGAUGAUAAUUAAAAGGGCUCCUAUUGAAAACCUGAGCAAGGCAAGGAUGAUCAUUCCUUCGAUAGAAAGCAUUAGUGAUGCUCACUUCUGGCACCACCAGUGUGGCCAGUUCUGACAUAUGAUCUAAUUAAAUGGGUGCUGAGGCAAUUUAUAUUGACGUGUGUAUUUAUUGCAUCAUCUGUCGUCUUUUAACUGCCAUAUGAAACAUUUCUGUCCCACUUUCACUCCUGCCUUAACUGCUAUUUAGUGUACAUUGUUAUCAACUAUAUUUAGCCUUCAUAUCAGUCUCUGAAGAAUCUCAUAGAAUUAUAAUUGUGAAAUGUCUAUCUAAAAAGACUUUAAAAGAUGAUUUAGUUUCUACAAAGUACCAUGUUACAAUUUUUAGAAGCAUUUUUGAAAUUGCACAGAUUUCUGUGUAUUUUGUGGCAGUAAAAAUGGAACAUUACACAAAAAUCUAACAGUACUCUUAUGAAUGUUUUAUAUGUAUGAAUAUGUAGAUAUUUAUAAGAAGUUCUACUUUUUUUCCUGAUGGGGUACUGUGUAAAUCUUGUAUUUAUAAAUGUAAUGAGGGGGCACUGACAGAUAUACAGCUUUUAUAAAGGAUUGUGUAAUGACGGAACAAAAUUUAAAUAUAUAUAUAUAUAUAUUUUGAAACUUGGUCCGCCUUAAGCAAAGAUAUCAAACCUUUUGUACUAUGCAGUUUGUUUUUAAGUUAAUAAGCUUCCUAAUGCAUAAUAAAUUUGCGAACUAUAUUAUUCAA